CACACCUGGGGCCUGUACUACGAACGGAGUUCAACCUACUUAGAACUAACUCAGGGUUUCCGCGGUAACCCGGGGUUGACUAAACCUGGACAUCUUGAUUGGUCUUAAACGGUACUACGACGCUGAUUAUGAAGUUGAUCAGCUGAACCUGUGUUCACUCAACCAGAGUUACUGCGCGUUCACAUAAAAGGGGUGGUACCAGCGCAAAAAAACACUCUCGAUCAUGGCGGGCUCUCCCUAUUUCACAGAAGAGGAAUGCGAGAUCAUAAUGAGGAGUUAUGAAGAGUAUAAACCGACCCUGGCUGCUAAAUCCAACACCGCGGCAGCAAACAAGGCGCGACUGGGGUGUUGGCAGCAAAUUACAGACCGCGUAAAUUCAGGUACCAGCAGCGCCAAACGGACCUGGCAGCAGGUGAAGAUGAAGUACAAAAACAUCAUUCAGAAUGCCAACAAGAAGAAGGUAGAAAUAAGGCGCACAGGAGGAGGGAGGGCACCAGACUCCUUUACUCUUGCUGAAGAGUUGGCCCUAGCCAACAACAGUGGCAGGGUGAUGAUGGAUGGGGUGGCAGGGGUACAGUCUAACCCUGGGGCAGCUGAAAUGUCCACCCUCUAUGUGCAAGUCGAGGGUGGAAACAUCACAACCCUGCAGCCACCAGGAUGCAUUCAUCCUCUGACACAGGAUGAUGAUGAUGAUGAUGAUGACGAGACCCUCACAGCCCCCUCCGACACACACAUGCAGGAGGACUUGGAGGAGCUUUCCCCUCCUGAAGCCUCCCUCCCAGGGACCUCACAGUCAGACAAAGCCACAGUGGACAAUGUCCGCAGUUUAUACAAGAAAGUGCUGGAGCUAGACCGCACAAAGAAGAGGCUGGAGAUCAGAAAGCUGGAAUUAGAAAUUGAAAAGCUGGAACAUGAGAAGAAGGUAUUGUCUUAUCACUCCAUUAAUAUAUAGGCUACCCACACCCUAUAUGUGUGUCAUUGAUCUGGCUUUUCGUCACCUUUUCUUCUUGCAGGAAAGAGAGUCAUCUAAUAAAUGAAUAAUAUCAGA